CCACGAGUACUAGUGCGACAGUUAUGCUCUCCCUCUCUCCUCUCUCUCCCCUCUCAUAUUCUCGUCGGCAUUCCGUAACGGUCAUAUCCCCGGUAAUCUCUCUCUAAAGCAUCCAUUAACACAUACUCUCUCUCUCUCUCUCUCUACAUUCUCUCACUCCCCACUUCACACACAUUCUCUCUCCCUCCGCUCCCCCACCUAUCUCUCUCUCUCUAGCUUGAAGAACUAGAAUUUACUAGGGCCCUGGUGUUCUCCGUCACUAAACUAGGGUUUGGCACUAACAACAUGUGACCACUCUCUUCUCCGAUGGUGGCCGCCGUAUCUACCACUCCCAACCCCAAGACUAAUAACCCUCCCAGAAAACCAGCCAGGCCUCCGCUCUUGCCCAACGCCGAAUCCGACAAUGUCCCCCCGCUCCCCAAUCGGAAACCGAAAUCUCGCGAAAUCACGUCCCGGUACAUGUCUUCCACGUCGUCUUCCGGCUCCACCACCACCACCACCUCAGGUAAUUCCUCCACCACUUCCUCCUCCUCCACCAACUCCUCCUCGUAUUGCUCGCCUUCGUUUUCCCUGAAACGGCACCCCUCCCCGUCCGCUGCUAAGACGACGCUGACAACGCCAGCGCCGGGUACGGCCGCGAUCAAGCGGUCGCUGUCGGUGGACCGGAGGCGGCCGAGCUCGCCGUCGAAUUCGGCCGCGGCGAAUCUGCUGGUCAGUUCCAAGAGGAGCCUCUCGGUGUCGUUUCAAGGCGGCGACACGUUUUCGCGUCCGAUUAGCAGAACGAAGCCGGCGCCGGAGAUUUCUCCUCCGGCACCAGCGACGAAUGGCUCGAGUGAUCUAAGGAGACGGACGCCGGAGAGGCCGGUGAGAGAUAAGACGGAGAGUACGAAUACGAGUGGCGUGAGGAGAGGGACGCCGGAGAGGAGGAGAGCGACGCCGGUGAGGGAUAAGGCGGAGAAUUUUAUUCCUAUUGAUCAGCACAGGUGGCCUGGGAGAUCGCGGGAAGCGAAUUCUAGUGUAAUGACAAGGAGCUUGGAUUGUGGUGGUGGUGAUGAUAGGAGGAGAUUGGGUGGAUCUGAGAGUGUAGUUAGGGCAUUGGGACAAUCGAUGACCGUUGAUCGAAGUAAAACUUCGUUAGAUAGGAGAUUGAAUGUUGAACCUACCAGUAAUGCCGAGUUUGAUGCAAAUUCUGUAAUAACAAGGAGUUUGGAUUGUACUGCCGGUGGUAGGAGGAAAUUGGGGGGAUCUGAGAGUGUAGCUAGACUUAGGGCAUUGGAACAAUCUGUUAGUAUUGUUGAUCGAAGUAAAACUUUUUUCGAUGGGAGAUUGAAUGUUCAAUCAACCAAUAACGCUGAAUUUGAUGGAAAUUCAGUUGGUGGUGGAUCUGUAUCUGGAACUGAAAGUGUUGUUUCGGACGUUGAAAGCGUUUCUUCUAUAUGUUCUAGAGUUGUACAGGAGCGUGGGAGUGUUGCUCAUGCACGGGGAGGACCGCGUGGUAUCAUGGUGCCAGCGAGGUUUUGGCAAGAGACUACUAAUAGAGUAAGGCGAAUGCAAGAGCCAAAAUCCCCUGUGUUGGGUAAUAAUGGGGUGAAAACAAUAGCUCUUACACCGAAACUUAACGCGUUGAACAAGUCAUUUGGUGAUGGGUCGAUUCUGUCGCCUAGAGGAAUGUUGAAUGGCAGGAGUUUGUCUUCUCCUAUUCGCGGGGCUGUUAGACCGGCAUCACCGAAUAAGCCUCCAUCGAGAGGGAUGGUGAGCCCUUCUCGAGUGAGGAACGGCAUGACACCAAUCUCGUUGAGUAAUGACUUGAGCAGAACUCCAUCGAUUCUCAGCUUUGCUGCUGAAACAAGGAGAGGGAAGGUUGGGGAAAAUCGGGUUGUUGAUGCACAUUUGUUGAGGCUGCUACAUAACCGGCACUUGCAAUGGAGAUUUAUUAAUGCCAGAGCUGACGCUGCAAUGUUGGCUCAGAAAGUGACUGCGGAGAAAAGCCUGUAUAAUGCUUGGGUGACUACUGCAAAAUUGUGGCAUUCUGUCAAAACCAAAAGAGCAGAGUUACAAAUGCUGCGGAGCAAUUUGAAGCUACACUCCAUCCUCAAGGGACAGAUGCUAUAUUUGGAUGAUUGGGAUCUAAUGGACCGGGAUCACUCCAGUUCAUUGUCUGGGGCUACUGAAGCUUUGGAAGCCAGCACUGUCAGGCUUCCCGUUGGUGGUGGUGCAAGGGCUGAUAUUCAAAAUGUGAAAGAUGCUAUUUGCUCGGCAGUUGAUGUAAUGCAGGGCAUGGCAUCCUCGAUUUGCUCUUUGUUGACGAAGGUAGAUCAAGUGAACUCAGUGGCUUCUGAACUUGCAAACGUUACUGCAAUGGAACGUGCUUUACUUGGUCAGUGCAAAGAUCUCUUGUCCACACUAACAGCUAUGCAGGUGAAGGAUUGUAGCCUGAGAACACAUAUACUGCAACUGAAGAGCGUGCCCUCAAGCCUAACAACAGAGGUACAAAAGAGCGGAUUGUCAUUUUAACUGCUUACCCUAACGUAACGCGAAAUCCUGAUUUUCCCGGCAUCAUGGUGGCACCCUGGAAACAGCGAAAAACUCCUACGGUGCUAAGAAAGUGCUGAGAGAUUUGUGGCUAGGAAAAGCUGAGUUCCCAUUUUUUCCCUUGUUCAAGAUCCACGGAUAGCGGCUUUAUGAUCCACGGAAAUUGGCUUUCUUGAUAUCGACGUAGGUUGUAUAAAGGUACUCUCUAUAGUUACAGGAAAUAUAUGUAAAUGUGGUCAAUGAUGCCUUCAAUAUCCCAAGCUCAGUGACUCUUGUCCAAUUUCUUUCUUUCUUUCAGUGGAUGUAAAGAGGGAUCCCACUAGGUCAUUUCAGAUAAAUUAGUUGCGAGUAAAUAUUAUUUA